AUGGUGGACAGGAGGACUUCGAGGAUCAGCUGUCGCCUGGGGCGUCGGGCAAGCUGCAGGCAGGUGCUGUCCUUGGGUGCUGAUGUCCUUCCCGAGUACAAGCUGCAGGCACCACGCAUCCACCGAUGGACCAUCCUGCACUACAGUCCCUUCAAGGCUGUAUGGGACUGGCUCAUCCUUCUGCUGGUCAUCUACACAGCCGUUUUCACCCCCUACUCAGCCGCCUUCCUGCUCAAUGAGGAGCAGGUGGAGGAGAAGCACUGGGACUGCAGCUACUCCUGUGACCCACUCAACAUUAUCGACCUCAUCGUGGACAUCAUGUUCAUCGUGGACAUUGUCAUCAACUUCCGUACCACCUACGUCAAUAUCAAUGACGAGGUGGUGAGCCACCCUGGCAAGAUCGCCAUCCACUACUUCAAGGGAUGGUUCCUCAUCGACAUGGUUGCCGCCAUCCCCUUUGACCUGCUCAUCUUCCGCUCUGGCUCUGAUGAGACCACCACCCUCAUUGGCCUCCUGAAGACCGCUCGGCUGCUGCGCCUGGUCCGCGUGGCCCGCAAGCUGGACCGCUACUCUGAGUAUGGAGCAGCUGUGCUCUUCCUGCUCAUGUGCACCUUCGCCCUCAUCGCCCACUGGCUGGCCUGCAUCUGGUAUGCCAUCGGCAACGUGGAGAGGCCCUACAUGGAGCACAAGAUCGGCUGGCUGGACAACCUGGGUGACCAGAUCGGCAAGCGCUACAAUGACAGCGACCUCUCCUCUGGCCCAUCCAUCAAGGAUAAAUACGUCACUGCCCUCUACUUCACUUUCAGUAGCCUCACCAGCGUGGGGUUCGGCAAUGUCUCACCCAACACCAACUCUGAGAAGAUCUUCUCCAUCUGUGUCAUGCUCAUCGGCUCUCUGAUGUACGCCAGCAUCUUCGGCAACGUCUCCGCCAUCAUCCAGCGCCUGUACUCGGGCACGGCCCGUUACCACACGCAGAUGCUGCGGGUUAAGGAGUUCAUCCGCUUCCACCAGAUCCCCAACCCCCUGCGCCAGCGCCUGGAGGAGUAUUUCCAACACGCCUGGUCCUACACCAAUGGCAUUGACAUGAAUGCGGUGCUGAAGGGUUUCCCUGACUGCCUGCAGGCAGACAUCUGCCUCCACCUCAACCGCACGCUGCUCCAGAACUGCAAGGCUUUCCGAGGAGCCAGCAAAGGCUGCCUGCGUGCCCUGGCCAUGAAGUUCAAGACAACCCAUGCACCACCUGGAGACACCUUGGUGCACUAUGGAGAUGUCCUCACCACACUUUAUUUCAUUUCCCGUGGCUCCAUCGAGAUCCUCCGGGAAGACAUUGUGGUGGCCAUCUUAGGGAAGAACGACAUCUUUGGGGAGCCCAUCAGCCUCUACGCCCGCCCAGGGAAGUCCAAUGCUGAUGUGAGGGCCCUGACCUACUGUGACUUACACAAGAUCCAGCGGGAGGACCUGCUGGAGGUCUUGGACAUGUAUCCAGCCUUCUCUGACAACUUCUGGAGCAACUUAGAGAUCACCUUUAACCUGCGAGAUGCAGACAGCGUUCCCCGCUCACCACUCAGCGAGGAGUACGACUGCAACUACCGGCGGGCGCGCCGACGUAAGCAUUCCCUUUGCCAGCCCAACAAGCCUGACCCAGACACGGGCAUCUCUGAUGCAGAGCAGUAUCACACCUACUCAGAGCUCACCAACCCGCAGGACCCGCUGAGUAAGGACCAGUGGGACGACCUGGGCAGCAGCACCACUCCCUGCUCCCAGACCAGUGACGAUGAGGCCAAGACUGUCAGCCCUACAAGAGCUGAACCCUUCCCCACAUCCAAAAAGGAUGACUUUGCUCUGCCAACACUCAGCCUCGUCUCCGCCAGUGCCAGUGGCACAGAAGUCAGCAAGCAAGCGGCAGAGAGCAGCCAGUCCUACGCAGCCACACCCCUGGACAUCCCCAACAUGUUCACCUUCUGGGAGGACCGAAGGCCAAACCACCACCCAGAGCCUUUGCAACACAUCUCCUUGGUACACAGCAGGAGGGACAUCCCCCUGCACAGCGACUGCAGACCAGGGCAGAUCGAGUCCAGGCUGGAGCUCCUGCAAGCCCAGCUCAGCAGGCUGGAGUCCAGGAUGUCGUCAGACAUUAAUAUAAUCCUCCAGCUCCUGCAGCGCCAGCUGUCCCAAGUGCCGCCUGCGUACAGCCCCAUCUCGCCGUCCUCCCACAACCUGGCCAUGUACGGCAUCCUCCCACGGAGCCUGGAGCCGCUCACUCCCUGCGCACCCCUGGACGAUGAGGAGCCGACGACCCCAGAGCAGAGCCUGAGCUACACGGAGGCAGAAAAGUUCCACUUGAAAUCCACGGACUCCUUGUCAAGCGGGAUGCACCUCGCUGUGGCAUCCGACGACACCGUGACAGUCUACUCCGAGCAGGAGCACCAUUCCCCACCUCUCCCAAACCCAGAGCCUCCCCACCAAAGGGCACCAAAUAUCCAGGGACUCUUCCGGGGCUCUCGUUUCCCUUCCCUCCCUGAGCACUUGGAGGCAUCUUCCAAGCACCAGGACAUUCAGAGACACCUCUCCGAUCCAGUGCUUCCUGGAAGUUAGAGAUGUGGAGGCUGCGAAGCAAGUCAAGAGGAACUUCAACUGCAAGCUCGGCCAGUUGAUGUUGAUUUUGACUGCAAGGGUAAGACAGAGGACAAUGCCACUGGCUCAGGGGUAUAAUUUGUAGCUGUCUUCUGCCACCGUGAAAGGAAGCGUAGAGUGGCUCGCUUCCAAGGUCAACAUUUUCCAGCGGUUCCCAUAGAGUAGAUUUCAUUUGCACACUAUAGUGAACCCAGAGCAGUUCUUUUUUACGGCCACCAACAAGCUGGCUAGGCCAAACGGUACCCACCACCUCUUCCUUGCCAAGGCUUCCUCUCGUGAACAGCGCAAGGCAAGUGAGCCACAGCGACCAGAGGAGAGCAAAUCCACGGCUCUCAGCUGCGAGGCCACUUUGCUGUCAGCUCUUUGGAGCAGGGACCAUUGCGUUGGUACUGGGCUUAGUCCAGCAGAGCCUGUGGGCAUUACAGAAAGGGUAGUCACCAGAGGAGGAGGAGAUCUCCACAGUGCGGUACUGGAGGGAGCUGCAGGUGGGAAGCCUGGGACAAGGACAGAGGCUAACCUUGUCUUAUUUGACUGCCUCUGAGAAACUAAGGGCCAACGGUCCCUGCCACUUCAGCAUGCUUCAGCACGAGUCCUAGGGCACUGACUUCUCCAGCAAGGCUGACUGCGCCUUGCAAACCCUGAAUCACAUCCCACAACUCCCCAGAUAAACCCAACUGGUCACUGGCCUGGGCAUAAAGCACAAAACUCAAAAGCACAAUCCCAGAAAGCCGAAAAGCCCCAGACACCUCAUCUCCAGCCCUUCCUCCCAGCUUCUCUCUUUUGAUAAAGGUUUGAUAGAUGCUUCCUCCUCCCCAGCCCUUUCCACCCCCGGGAGAUUCCCGCAGCAGCCCCCGUAGGAGAAGCCCACUUAGCGCUGCCGCCUUGCCGUUCAGUUAGAUGCUGUGACAGUCCUAGGCCGCCUGCUCAAGUAAUGUAUCGAGCUCCCUUUGAGAGUAGUAAAACUGUGAGCAUCUCUUUCUCUGGAGUUUUAGUGUACACUUUGCUAAUAAAGAUGUUUUUGGC